AUGUCUCUGACCGUUCUGCAGCUCGCUGCGCGCUGCCGCCAAUGUAGUGGCGCGUUUCAGAUGCUGAGGCAGCCACCUCAGCGGCAGUUCCACUUCACCCCCUCUGUGCUGGCUCGCAAAGGCAAAGAGAAGAAGCUGGCCAAGCGGCCCAAGAGUGUCUAUUUGAGUGAGAAGAUGCCUUUGGAGAGUGCCAUCGAGGUUCUGAGGGCCGUCGAUGUCGCGCGUCCAUACUCCACUUACGAGCUUGUCGUGAAGACCGGGAUGGGCAAUGGUAUCACCAUCCCAAAGGGCCGUUUCGCCCUACCCAAGCCCACGAAGGAGGGCUCGAAGGAUGUCAUCCUUGUGUUUGCUGAGGGACGUCAGGCAGAUGAGGCUAAAAAGGCAGGCGCGGAUAUAGUGGGUGGUGCUGAGCUCAUUGAGGGUGUCAUCUCUGGUCGCUACCGCCCUACCCUCUUCUUGGCAACUACUUCAAUGAUUCGCCCCAUUACUCCACGACUUGGUCGUCUGCUUGGUCCUCGAGGGUUGAUGCCUUCGGAACGGAGAGGUACUGUCACGGAUGACGUCGGCGGUUACAUCAAGCGACUCAAAGGUACUAUCGAAUGGAAGGGUGACAAGGAGGGCACUAUCAGGCAGUCUGUCGCGAAGAUGCAUUUUACUGUUCCUGAAGUUAUCACCAACAUCCGUUACUUCAUGCACAACGUCAAGCGCGCCACGAACAACAUCCGUGAUCGUAACGUGGAUUCUCGAGAGGCUGACUCAAAGCCGGUCAACUCGAUCACGCGGGUAUUGCUUACCACUUCGCAGGGUCCCAGCAUCCAGAUCUCGGAUCUUUGA